UUCCCUUCCCUGUCGUUGCCUCGAUUAUUGUUUUGUUUUGACGGAGGAGAAAUUUCGCACCAAACUUGCCGACGGUUUUGCCGAAAAGUGAUCCGACUUUUUCGACCCUGGUCCGUGAGUGCGAAGAGAAAAUAUUUCUCCUCUCGGACCUGUCAAAAAAUACGAAACUCCAUUCAAGUUUCCUCAAGAAAAGAGGUCAUGAACGGUGGAUGCAGCACCGGUGAGGAGGACUCACGAGGGCCUUCGAACCAGUUCUGCUGCCUAAUCGACGAAGGCGAGCGAUGCAUUAAAUUGGCUGGAAACGCGUCCUACAGCAAGAGAAUACAGAAAAUCGUUGCCCAACGUAGACUGCGUCUCCAUAUUGACGACAACGCACGGCAUAUCUACAUUUGCGAUUACCACAAAACGAUGAUUCAAUGUGCACGAACAAAGCGCCGCCGCAAAGACUCCGAGGAGGAUUCUAAUGGGACGGACUCCGAAGUACCUGAGGUUGACUUGUAUCAGCUCCAAGUCAACACCCUUCGAAGAUACAAGAAGCAUUUCAAGCUGCAAACGCGACCUGGUCUGAACAAAAUGCAACUUGCAGAUUUCUUGACAAAACAUUUUAAAACUAUUCCUGUGGUGGAAAAAGAGGCAACAACGUUCUUUAUCUACACCGUGAAAUCAAACAGCAACAAACUGGACCAGAGGAAUGGACUUUCGGCAGAUGCUGUUUAAAAUCAUUUAAAAUUUAUUAUUUUCUAUUAAGUGUAUGUGUUUAAGUAGGCUUACUGAUUUGAUUUUAUGCACUUUGAUGAUUAUUUCGUCUUUAAAGAUCUGUGUCAUUGACACUUAGGUUUACAAUAAAACAGCAAGCAGAUUAUAUUUGAAAUUUAAACAAACUUUUUAAUCGG